UGCAUUGAGAAGGCACCCGGAAAAAGAAGACAACAGUCAGCUGACUUGACUGUUUGUGUUGAGUAGUUUUUGACAGUUUAAAGGCAGUUGUUUGGUCAUUUCGUUUAUUGCAUUAUCAUAAGUUAGGGAGUUUUAGCUAUGCUACGACCAAAGGCGUUAACGCAGGUUCUCAGCCAAGCGAACACAAACGGAGUCCAAAGCACACUCUUGCUGAAUAAUGAAGGUUCACUUCUGGCUUACUCUGGGUACGGGGAUACUGAUGCACGAGUGACAGCCGCCAUCGCUAGCAACAUCUGGGCAGCCUACGACAAGAACGGCCACCAAGCCUUUAACGAAGACAAACUAAAAUUCAUACUGAUGGAUUGUAUGGAGGGAAGAGUGGCCAUUACUCGUGUAGCCAACCUACUACUGUGUAUGUAUGCCAAAGAGACAGUGGGAUUUGGAAUGCUUAAAGCCAAGGCAGAAGCCCUGGUGCAGUACCUGGAGGAACCAUUAACCCAAGUGGCAGCAUCAUAGCAGAGAUGUGACGGAAGCUCUGCCUGUCGCAAAAGCAUCACAAGAUCCAGGUCAUUCAUGGGCUACUGUAACAUUUUGUGUACAUGCAUAUAUUUAGUGUGAGUGAGUAAACGUGUGUGGGGUGGGGGAUGGGCAGUGUAUUUAUAAUCUAUAUAUAAACUAUUUGCCCUUCCUUGUGACUCCGUUUAUGUAAUAAAUGACCUGUUCUCCACAUAAUUUGUCAUUAAAAGGCUGAUUGAUUCAAACCACUGGUACCACAAUUUACUCAUUUAUUUGCAGUUUUAGUGGAGGCACAGUUAAGCAGGAAAUUGAACAUUUUUAAUCAUAUCUGAGGACUAAAAUGUGCAUGUAAUGUUUAGUAUUGUGGAAACAUUUAUAAGAAUUUCCAUCUGAUAAAAUGCAGUCAACAUUAUCUGCUACUUUUUGUUUCAAAGCUGUCAAUAAACAAUUUUUGGAUUAAAAUUCA